AUGUCUAACCAAACGGAGAGCGACUACUAUAAACAACUUACUAUUUACAAGGCGGGUGUCCUUAUUUGGAAGGUAGUGCCACCUGUAUUCAUCUUGCUAGGCACAAUCGGGAACUGUCUUUCAAUCCUGGUCCUCACUCGGCGCUCCAUCCGGGUCUCCACUACGGCUCUUUUCUUGACGGUUCUAGCGUGCUCGGACCUGCUGGUUCUGUAUUCAGGCCUUCUGAGACAGUGGUUGAUAUAUCUUUAUAAUACUGAUGUUCGACAUAUUAGUGAGGCGGGAUGUAAGAUUCAUACGUGGUUGGUGUAUAGUUCUUUGGACUUUUCCGCCUGGAUUAUUAUCAUUUUGACAUUGGAACGAGUGAUUUCUUCUUGGCUGCCUCAUCGCGCUAAGACAAUGUGUACAAACAAGACUGCAGUUUUCAUUCUGAUAGCGGUAUGUGUGUUCAUAUUAGUUAAAAAUUCGCAUUUUUUAUACGGUUUGGUGUUCGAAAUUGCAAACGAAAAAACAAAUCAAGUUGAACAGAAGUGCGUUGCAAUCGAUCAAAACUACUCACACUUUGAGUAUGAAGUCCAGCCGUGGAUUGACAUGUGCGUGUACUGCAUUGUCCCAUUUGCAAUUAUCCUUAUAGGAAACGUGUCAAUAUUGUUCAAAGUAUUACAGAGUCAGAAGAAAACUAAAUCGACCGUUGCACCUUCGCAGUCAUCUCGAUCUCGUGGUCAGCAACAAGGAAUUCGCCAUGCGAAACAGUCGUCUACAACAGCAAUCCUGUUUACGCUAAGCAUUGUUUUUCUCGUGACCACUUCGCCAGUAAGUAUUUAUCUCAUCGUUGAAACAUACUGGAUCCAGGACGCAGAUGAUGCAAAACUGGCAAAACUAGAUUUCUGGUGGGCAGUUGUCAAUAUGCUUAUGUACAGCAAAAACUCCGUGAAUUUCUUACUGUACUGUCUCAGUGGAACCAAAUUCAAAAAGGAAUUUUUUCGUUUGAUAAACUGGAAAAAAAGUGCUCGACUAAAUAAUUUUAACAUGCAAUCAAACAACUCCACGAGGACAUGA